AUCUGGUUCGGCCGUCGGCGUGGGCCGCCACUGCGCCUGCGCGGAACACCUUCCAGCAUUACCAGCAUUUACUUGACACUCCGCUUUGCGUUGCACGUAUUUUAUGUAAAACAUCAACAAUAUACACAAUAAAUACCGUUUUUACAAAUAAGUGUAGUUUAUGCGUCAAUUGUGAUGUGCUAGUCGUCAGUGCAAGUGUUCGUUCGGCGUGGAAUCGCUCCCGAGGAUGCAGGCGACCUUGCCGCCGGUAUGGUCGGAAAUCGAGCGCUACCGGCGGCGGCGCGGGCGCGUGACGCUAGCGGAGCUCAGCGAGAUCACUGCGCGGGCGCACCAGAUGCACAUGCAGGAGCUGCGUCGUCUCCGCGAGCUUCACGCGCGUCUGGACUGGCCGCGCGUGCACCGCCCCGAGAUCCUUCUAUACACGCCGAACCAACUCAGACAACUCAUUCGACUGGGGAACUCGGCCGACACGGCGGCACAACCCACGUCGGGCAGCUCGUGGCGCCCCGGCCCGCUGGGCGCGCCCUGGCACUUGCCGGACAACGAGGCCUCGGCGGAGGGCGGUGGCGAGCGCGCGGCGAGCGAGUGGUGGUCGUGGCGCGGCUGGGGCGCGGGCGCGCUGCUGCUCGUGGCGGCGCUGCUGCUCGUGCGCGCCACCGACCGCUGCUUCACGCGCAACUACGCGCGCUGCACGAGCUCUCGAAGGAGACGCUCCGAAGAGUGGCCCACGCCCAACGUGCUCGCCACGAGUAUACUCACACACAUACUUUCAGACCGUCACCCUCUCAGCGUAGACGCGGAGACCUCUCCGAAUGAAUUCGAGGCUUAUCCCUCUGAAUCGAGCGACUCCGGCAACGAUAUGGUCUUCAACGCCGAUCUUCCGCCGCCGUAUUCCGAGUGCGCCACCGACGGCAGCAAACAUAUCACCAGAGAGGAACCGCCCCCGCCGUACUCCGCCUGCUACGUCGCCUUCUCCAACCCCAAGGACGGGACGCCGUCUGUCAGGUUCUUCAACGGCCAACGACAGAGCAUGUUCGAGAACGAAGGCUCGCCGACCUCGACUCACUCCAUAAACGUUCAGACCUCGACGGACGAACUGACGGAAAUAGCGCAUUCCAGCAAUGGAUUCAAUCACUUCGACACCGGUCAGAUUUCUAACAAUCCGAUCGGUGAUCGAAUAUACAAGUUACCGUACUUUGAUAAUACCAAUAUCGAAACGGACGACUCCGACGAAUGCAACGGAGAGUGCAUCGCCAACUCGCUGGAGUGCAUCAACAUCGGGCCGGCGCCGCUCGCCACGCAGGACAUGACCAUCGACAUCUGCGACGCCGGCGCCCCCGGCGCGCCCACCGAGUCCUGUUAACGCUACGACGUAUGCAGACGGCUGACCGAGAGCUGUGAAUGUUAUUGAAACGCUUAUACCCUUUAAGAUCGAUAUUCUUAUGAAAGUCAUAUUUUAACUAUUUGUGUUUCAAUAGAAACAUUCGAGUAGAUAAAAUGAAUUGUUAUAGUAUUAUUUUACUAAUCUUCGAUGGCCUCCCUGCGAGGACUACAAAAUCAUUUUUAAAUGUAAAUAUAUCAAAAUGUCGAUGGAAAAUUCAGGUUGUGUAGAGAUAAAUUUUAAUAAAAUAUACUUUUGUAGAAUCUCCUUUGUCACUGUACACAGACACACGUAGUAGAUCACGAUGUAUACCCCCAAAUACCUAACUUUGGAUAUAAAAUUAUGAACAAAUAAAAAUAAAUAAUUUCUUAAAA